UAUAAAAAUAAAUAAAACAUGUAAAAAAUCAAAACUUAACUUGAUAAAAAAAAAUAAAUUUUUGAUACUAGAAACGCGUGUUGUAAACUCAGCUCAGGUAUAAAUUAAGCAAUAAAUUAACAAUAAAAACAUAGACUGCAAUUUUGUGUACACUUUUUAUACAGUUAAAUCGAAAAAAACGGUAACAAAAAAUUUUAAGAACAAAAAAUUAAACAUGCUGAGGCAGUUGCUUAGCAAGGCUUGAAAAAUAAUAAUAAAAAAAAAAAUAAAAUCAAGAAAAGGAAAUAGUCGAGAGCAGGAAAAAUUUGUUAGACACGUGCGAAUUUAUGGCGCCGCGUCGCAGCAGCAGCGGGAACACUCAACAGCAGCAGCAGCAACAACAACUUCAACAGCAGGAGCCGCCGCAACUCUACAACUUCGCCACUCCACUCUCUACAAACAUGGCGCCCAUGCAGCAAACGCUCAGCGUCGGCGUUCAGUUGACGCGCUGCUGCUAUCCUAACGGUGAAUGCACCAAACUUGACGCCCUAAUCGCGCUGGACGAGCACAGUCUCUCCGACUAUGUGCGCGUGCUGUGCAACAAUGAGAACUGCAACGAGGGUCAGUACAUGCAUCGUGAUUGCUUCGAUCAGUGGGAGGCGGGCGUGCUGCAGCAACUGAAGGCGAGCGCCAGGGCGCGCAGCUGGUCAGAGCGGCAGCGUAUGCAGCAGCUGUGGACCAAAAAGGGCUACGAUCUGGUCUAUAAGAACUGCACCUGCAAGUGCGGCCGCGGGCAUUUGCGCAAGGAUCUGGAAUGGCCGCCAACUGGAAUUUGCUUCCAGCGGUCGCUCAUUAGCAGUGGCAGCGAAGACGAUGACAAAAAGAAGGCGAAGAAGAAGCGAAAUCGCAAUGCCAAUGGAAAUGCCAACAACAACAAUAACAACAGCAACAACAACAACAACGCCAACAACCAAAAACAAGCUGUUGCACUUGCCCCGAUCAACACGAAUGCGGCGAAUAUCACGCCCAAUCCGAAUGUGGGCGUAAUUGGCUCUGGCUUGCCGCAUAACAACAAUAACAGCAGCAGCAACAUCAACAACCAUGCAACUGGCUUGCAGCCCAGCGUUGUGGCCACCCUCAGCAACAUACUCAUGAGCAGCAACAACAGCAGCAGCAACAAUAGCAACAACAAUCACAAUGUGUUGGGCCUGGAUUUGCGUGCCCGCGCUGGAAGCCUAUCUUCCAGCGGCUCCAGUUCGCCAUCGGCCUCGCAGUCCAGCGCGGACAGCUCGCUCUCGCCCGUGCAACAGCAGCAGCAGCAACAGUUGCACUUCCAGCAACAACAACAAUUGCAGCUACUGCAGCAGCAGCAGCAACAUAACGGUCUAGGCUUGGCCAAGUGCCUGUUGCAGCCGCCAGCACCGCAGCUGCCCGCCUUGGCCAACAUCAGCGGCUUCAAACCGCUCGCCAGCUUCGAUCAGCAGCAGCUCGUGCAGCAGCAGAAGAACAAAGAAGUCGAACUCUACUCGGAGCGUGUGCGCUCCACCUCUGGUUGCAAUGGCAUCUUCUCACGUCGCUUGGAUUUCUCAUCAUUCAAUUUAUUGCCAAAGACGCGUUUGAAUUCUUAUCAAGUUAAGAUUGAGGACGAGGGCAAUCAUGGCAAUGAUGAGACACGCCUCUUCAUACUCUCAUCGCUGGCCCAGUCACAGAUGAGCCGCGUCGCUUGCAUCUUGUGCGAGGAGCCGUUGCUUGUAUUCGAUCGCUAUCCGCUGGUCGAUGGCUCCUUCUUUCUAAGUCCCAAGCAGCAUUCCAGCGGCUGCAUUGAGGUCAAAUACGAGGGACGCAUGCUCUACUUGACCUGCGUCUGCAUGAGCUGCCUGGAUGGCACCUCCAGCUGCCGUGUCAUCAGCUGCAGAUUCUGCAAUGAACCCUGGGAUGGCUCCAGCCUGGUGCUUGGCACAAUGUACGCCUACGAUAUCUUUGCGGCUAUGCCCUGCUGUGCUGAGCGUUUCAAGUGCAAUAAUUGCUUCAAGAUGCUAAUGCAUCCACAGCAGCGGCUGAGCUUCUACAGCGACUACUCGCACGGCGUCACUUGCCCCUAUUGCAACACGCAGGACACUCACUUUGUUAAGCGGCUUAGCUACUGCUACGCCAAGAGCAAUGCGACGCGGCUGCAGGCGAUCGCAUAACAUGAGGCCCCGUUGGAGACACCAACGGUUGCUGGCGCAAAUCUAAAUGCGAACGCAGUCACAGCCAGUGCCAAUGGUGCUUCAACGGCCUCCAAGCAGCCGCUCUUUAAUGCGGCCAUCGACUACUCCGCCCCGCUGCAACAGCAGAUUAAUCCCGACUUAAUUGGCGCCCAUCCGCACGCCCAACAACAUCAGCAGGUAAGGCAGCAACAGCAACAGCAGCAGCAGCCAGCACAGCAGCAACAACAACAGCAGCAGCAACAGCAAUUAGCAACGGUUGCCCCCACAGCAGUGGCUGCCACACAGCGUGCACCAGAAGCUGCCUAUUUGGUAACAGCAGCAGCAGCUGCUGCGCGUGCUGUCAGCUAUCAGCAACAGCAACAACAACAACAACAACAACAACAACAACAACAGCAGCAACAACAACAGCAGCAGCAGCAGCAACAGCAGCAACACAAGUUAAGCUACUCAAAUAGCCUCAUGGCCAUGGCGGAUGUUAUGAGCAAGUAUCAACAACAACAACAACAACAGCAACAACAACAGCAGCAGCAACAGCCACUCAAGCAAUUGGGCCACUUGAGCCUGGCCCACGAGUCCAACGGGCUUUUAUUGAGCAACAUUAACAACAGCAACGCCAACAACAGCAACAGCAGCAGCAGCGGCAGCAACAGUGGCGUUAGCAGCAGUAUUAGUAACUUAUUAAUUAGCCAUAAUUCACAAAACAACAACAGCAACAAUGGCGUCAAAUUGAACGCCUGGUCACAGCCGGCACCCGCCGCCAACAUGGCCCAGGCGGAGGCCAUUUCUGCAUUGUGGGGCUGCGCCAGCAAUGCCUCAACCAGCGGCUGUUCGUCGGGCAGCGGCUCACAGCCAUCGCUCAGUCCAACCAGCAGCCACAGCAAGGAGCUGCUCUGGACCCAAACCUCGCCCAGCUGCGCCCAGCUUAGGGAUAAUUUCUAUACGGCUAAGGAGCUAAUGCUGCCGCAUGCUGCCUCGCCCACAGCCUCGUUGACCAGCUCGUCGGGCGCCUCCUCGAACGGCGGCGGCGGUGGUGGUGGCGGUGGCAGUGGCGGCGGUGGCUGGGGCAAUGGCAAUGCUGCACACUACGCCAAGUUGAGUGCUGCACAGAAUAUAUGGGAGCUGCCAACAGCACAGGCCCAGGCCACACAGCUCGUACCGGACAUGUUUAGCGAUCUCUUGUGCAAUCUGCACAUUAGCCAGGAUGGCAGCAACAGCAACAUCAACAUCAACAGCAAGAGCAAGAACGGCAACAGCAAGAUCAACGAUGCUUCAGAUGUGAGCUCGAAUUCGUCAUCGGCAGCUGGCGAGCUGUUGGAGGUGGCCAACAUUUGGCGGCACAGCAGCAACAUGCAACAUGCCAUGCCCCAGCAGCAGCAGCAGCAGCAGCAGCAACUCUUUGAGGAGCCGGCAGGUGGCGCUGCCUGCAUGCAGCUCUUCAAUGACUAUCUAAACAUGAACAACUAAAGCAGCAAAUGUUACUCUAGCCAAAUUUAACAGAGAAUAGUAACAGUAACAUUAACAUUAACAGUAACAGUAACGGUAAAUAUUAACAGUAACAUUAUAUACUAAUAGCAACGCCAACACCAAGAGCAAACAACCAACAGGCAGGUAAAAGCAAAUUUCCAACAACUUUUAUAGCAAUAUAUCCAAAUAAACAAACAACUUGCGCCUGCCAGCAAAAAUGUUGCUGUAGUUUACUUUUAAACUAAUCUAACAUAAAAUGGCAAAACGAUUUUACUAAAAACAAGAAGAGAAAAGAAAAGAUGCGAAAAACAAAAUGUAACUAAAAACAAAUUUCUUGUUACUUUUGUUGAGUUUGAACAUUUUUAGCCCACACACACACACAAAAAUGAAGAAAACUA